AUUUUGUAAAUUUUAUAAUUUCAUGUCACUGAAGUUUAUUCACCGUUUUAUGGGGGGUUGUGUUCUGAACUUUGGUUAUUUUAAUUAAUUGUACUUACGUGGAACAUUGGUCGUGUACAUGAUUUAACCUUUUUAUAAAACCAUUUUCAUAAAAUAAUUUAAAUAUAUAAUAUUUAUGUGAUGCCACCUUCUCGAAGAAGACAAGAUGGAUUGUUGGCAAGGGUCAACUUCCCAUUAUAUGCUUUACAAAUGCUCACAAGUCGUCAUGUUUUGGUCGCUGGAGGUGGAGGAUCAUCAAAAACAGGGGUGGCUAAUGGAUUUGAAAUUUUUGAGAUAACUCAUAAUGGCAAAAAUUUUGUUGCUGAAGAAGUAAUUCGACAUGAAACGGGCCUUAGUGUUGUAAUGAACUGUGCAACCUAUAAUGAUUCUAAGCGAUCUUAUCUUGUAGCAGGUCAAGAAAGCUACUGCCAAUUAUAUUCUGUGAAAGUAUCAUUAAGAGACGUUGAAAACUGUACAAAUAUUAAAGAAAAUAAAUCGGAACACGAUACAGAGGAUAUUAAAAAUGAUCUUAGAAAACGUCGAAAAUCGUCGGAUAAAAAAGUAGAAACAGAAAAUCAUAAUCAAUCUAGAGAAACAAAAUUGAAGAAACGAAUAUGGUUUACGAUCUCUCCAGAAGACAGUGUACAAACAGAUAACGCUGAAACAGAACCAUGCCAGCGAGUAGUUAGGAUAUUACAAAAUGGUUCUGUAAUGGUAACAGGUGGAACGGAUGGUCAUGUACGAAUAUGGAGUUUUCCAAUAAUGAAAUUAUUGCUUGAUAUUAAAGCGCAUAAUAAAGAAUUAGAUGAUAUCGAUUUUAGUCCAAUUAAUGAUAAUAAAUUAAUAACAAUAGCGAAAGAUGGGAAAGCAAAUAUUUGGGAUUAUAAAACUGGUAAAAAAGUUCACACCCUGAACUGGAAUCAGCCUCAAGGAUCUAAAUACUUAUACAAACGUUGCAGGUAUGGUAAAGUCGAUGGCGAUAACAAAAAAUGUAAGCUGUUCACAAUAACAAAUCCUACAGGUCGAGCUGGUAAACAAAAAGCAUAUUUACAAAUGUGGGAACCUGAAUCUGCUGAGUUAUUAAAAGUUGCAAGUGUUGAUGAGAGUUUAUCAGCAUUAGCCGUAAGAGAUGAUGGUCGUUUCGUUGCAAUUGGAACAAUGUUUAGUGGUUCAGUUUCUAUUUAUAUAGCAUUUAGUUUACAGCGUGUACUUCACAUUCCGGGAGCACAUUCAAUGUUUGUAACUGGAUUAGAAUUCCUUCCCGUGUGUUCAUCAGAACAAGAGCCUACAAUUACAAGUAAAUCAGAAGCAGCAGUUAUAUCAAUUUCGGUCGAUAAUAGAAUAUGUAUUCAUAGUCUACCAUAUAGAACAACGAUGCCAAUUUGGGUAGCUAUUUUAUUUAUUGUUAUUACAUUGUUAAUAACAUUUACGACGUGUGGAUAUUUGGGUCUUUGACGUUGGGUUACUUAAUUUCUAAUUUAUAUUAUUAAUACGAAAUAAUUGAUACUUGACGGUAAAAAAAUAUUAUUUGUAAAUAAAAAAUAAAUUGUUAUACAAAAUA